CCGCUAACUAUCGGGCAUUCUUAGCUUAUUCAAACCCCGCUCCCUCCCCCCACCAACAUUACAAUACCCCCACCUUUGAAAGAAAGUCGAUCGAUUCCUGCCAAUGAAAUUCUGAAAUGAUCAAGAGCAUGCAGUCAAAAUUUUGUCAUCCAUUCAGGCACUUGCAUCGUAUUGGUCGGCGCCGUAUACUCAUUGGUGGAUCCAUUAUGAUGAUAUUUUCUGGGGCUAUGUUCGCUCUGUUUGAAAACUACUGGAUCUUGUUGUUUGCUGCUGUAGUUGGCGUUGUCAGCGCAACUGGCGGUGAUUUCGGACCCUUCCGAGCCAUCGAAGAGUCUAUUUUGUCUGGUCUCACGGGCCCGAAUACCAGAGCGGAUGUGCUUUCGUGGUAUGUGACUGUGGCGACACUGGGCCAAUCGAUGGGGACAGAGUCUGGUGGUCGUGUUGUUCACUACAUCCAGCAUCUCGAUGGUUGGACACUUAUCGAUGCUUACCAUGCUGUUUUCUGGGUCUACUCAGGGGUGGGACUGCUCAAUUUGAUGUUUAUGGCCUUACUGAGCGACAAGUGCGAGAUUCGGAAAGUUGAGGAAACCAUGGAGGAAGAGGCUGGUAUUCUGCUGAACGAUGAUGCAAGCCUAGAGAUGGAUGAAGUCGGUAGUCAGGGCCUCGAGCAACAGUCACAGAAUGUCCAGACGCAGAGGCUCUUUUCUGAAAUCUCGCCAGAAACCCGCUCUGCCAUGUACAAGUUAUGGCUUCUACUCAUCAUCGAUUCCCUCGCAGAUGGCAUGACGCCUUACACUCUGACCACAUAUUACAUGGAUCAGAAGUUCCACGUGAAGAAGUCAACAUUAGGGGAUGUCGUCUCGAUCAGCUACUUCUUGUCAUUCAUCUCGACGAUCUUUGCAUCGCCAUUGUGCCGCCAUCUGGGUCUCGUCAACACGAUGGUUUUCACGCAUCUGCCAUCAAGCGCUGCCGUUCUAUUCUUUCCGUUCCCAUCAAGCCUGGCCGUGACAGUCAUCCUUCUCAUGAUCCGAACAGGCCUGAACAACAUGGAUCAAGCACCUCGAGCGGCCUUCAUCGCAGCAGUGGUAAAGCCCGAGGAGAGGACGGCGAUCAUGGGUAUUACGAGCAUGGUGAGAACUUUUGCCUCCGCAUCUGGGCCAACGGUGACGGGUAUCCUUGCUGGACACAAGCGAUUCUGGAUUGCAUUUGUAGCAGCUGGUACACUACGCAUCGGAUAUGAUUUGGGAUUGUUUGCUAUGUUCGUGAAUAUGAAUUUGUACCAGCAUGAAAAAAAUGACGGUCCUACACAAUCAGAUGCAGAUCCGAGGCAUUCGAGCGACGAAGAAGAGUUGAGAGAGCUGCCAGAGCCUUGAUGGCGAAUGAUGUACUUCUCCAAUUGGUCCAAGCGGAUAUCAUACUUUAAUCUUGGUCUCGUAGACAGGUGGAAGUCAACGGUCUCGUGCAAAUACUCGGUCAAAAUAUUGCGAGAAUGCCAUAUACUGGUUGUUGAGAAGCUUCUUCACUUGAUGUAAUCUUAAUUUAAUAUUCCUGGAAAGUGUGAAAUACCACGUAGGGUAUCAGAUCAUAGCCACUCGAGAAUUAGCUUCCAAUUUCUGUAUUUUCUCAGCAGUACAGCCCAUGCGCU